AUGCCUGAAGAGAAUGGCAUAAAUAAUCUGGUUGAUGACGGUCAUACUGUUGCCAAUGGGGAUUUACACGAAAAGACAACAGUCAUAUCAAGUGACGAUGAAGAACAAGACCAACAAGAACAAGACAACAAUACAACCUUAGAUUCUGUCGAUGUGCAACCAACAACCGAAACAACAUUUGACGAAACCAGCGACAGCAGCAGUGAUGAUAACGGCGAUGACUCACAAGACGAAGUUGACUCAGAAGACGAAGAUGAAGACGAGCCACCAAAACUCAAAUAUACCCGAUUGAACAAACUCCCACCCAAUUUCCUCACCAAAGACCCCAUAUCCACCGCAACUUUCCAUGAAUCAUAUUUCAUCUUUGCAACCCAUUCCGGAAUAAUCCAUAUCUGUACCCACACCUUCGAGCCCAUCCGAACCUUCAAAGCCCACCGAGCAUCCGUAUUAUGCAUCUAUACCGACGGGACCUAUUUCGCAACCGCUUCAAUGGACGGCACGGUCGUAAUUGGUUCUAUCAAGGAUGAAAAAGAUAUCGUAGCCUAUGAUUUCCAGCGACCCGUGCAUGCAGUUGUGUUAGAUGCGAAUUAUAGCAAGACGAGGAAUUUCAUUAGUGGAGGGAUGAGUGGGCAGGUUGUAUAUUCUAGUAAAGGCUGGUUGGGGAAGCGAUCAGAUACGAUCUUGGAUCAAGGAGGAAAUGGUCCUAUUGUGAGUAUACAACUUGUGGAUGAUGAUUUGUUGUUUUGGAUGAAUGAUAAGGGGAUAAAUGUGUUUUAUUUACCUACUAGACUGAUUAUUUCAGUGUUUGAAAAACCGGAGGAUUCACCUCGGAGUGAUUUAUAUUGGCCACGAGCGAGUCGUCCUGAUCUGAAUCGGUUGUUGAUUGCUUGGGGGAAUUAUAUUUGGUCACUUAAGAUUUCGAUUAAAGUUCCGAAUCCUGAUACCGAUAAACCAGCGGAAUCAUCACGAAUGAGUAAGAUUUUACCGUCGACUGCAAGUAUUACCUUUCGACCCGUACAAGAGAAAGAAGUUGAGAUUGAACAUAUAUUCAAAGUAGAUAGUUUAAUAUGUGGAAUUGCCAGUUUUACCGAUGAUUUAUGGAUGAUUAUGACCUAUGAACCACCCACCAUCCAUUCUGAAACCCAUGAACGAACCUAUCAUAAUCCAGAAUUAAAAUUAAUAAAUUCAAUUAAUGGAGAAGUUGAAUUUGAAGAAGAAUUAGGACUUCGUGAUAUUGCUAAUUUAGGAUUGAAUGAUUUUUUAUUGGGGUCAUAUAUUUCAGAUAUACCACAAUAUUAUAUAAUUAGUGCCAAAGAUGGAGUAAUUGCUCAAGAAUUUCAAAUGAAUGAUAGAUUGAAAUGGUAUUUGGAUCGUGAACAAUAUUUACAAGCUUGGGAAAUUAGUGAACAUUUGGUUCUGCCGAUGAAGAGAUUAUAUUAUGGGAUUCAAUAUGUGGAUAGUUUGAUUAAGGAUGAUGAAUGGGAUAUUGCUUCUGAGUUUUUGUGUAAACUUUUGAAUGUGGCUGGUUUUCAAGUGGAUAAUCAUAGUUUAACCCAGUCGAGUAAGGUGAGUAGCGAAGAUGAGAAUGAUGUGCUGUUGUUAAAGGAGAUUAUAAAGCAAUGGGAAACUUGGGCGGUGAUAUUUCUAAAGAGUGGACAUAUUAAGGAAUUAACUGAUAUUAUUCCACUUUCUCCUGAGAUUGGAUUACCUAGGGUGAUAUAUAAUGAUAUUCUUAAUUAUUGGUUAUUGAAUGAUGUACAAGUUUUCUCGGACUUGAUCCAGAAUUGGGACCAAGAAUUAUAUGAUGUUUCAAGCAUAGAAUCAAAAUUGGAAGAUACUAUAAAUGAGGCCGAAGAAAAGGAUGAUAAUGACGAUAAUACAGAUGUGGAUAUAUUAACUCGAGUCCUUAUUUCAUUAUAUGACGAAACCAUGGAUUCAAUCAAAGCCGUACCCCAUUUAAUCCACCUCAAAGAUCCAAAUAUAAUCACCUACCUAUCCAAAAACCACAUCCUAGUCAAUUUCAUCCAUGACCUUCCGGAAAUGAUUCAGCUCAGAUUUCAAUCUCAAGAAUUACAAACCAUGUCAAUUGACAAGCUAGAAUCAAAACUAGAUGAUAUAAUUUCCAUAUUUGUGAAACAUCGAUUAGAAAUCCCUCCAAAACAAAUCAUUGAAACAUUUUCAAUUGAAUCCGAUUUAUCAUUCAUUAGUUUCUUUUAUUUAGAAAAAUUAGAUAUGAUUGAUAAUUAUCUUUCUGAAGGGUUUGGAAAUGAACGUAUUCAAUUAUAUGCCCAAUAUCGUCGAGAGAAACUUCGACCAUUCCUCAUGAAAUCCACCAAUAACAAUGAUUAUAAUAUCGACGAAGCGAUUGAAAUAUGUGAGAGAAUGGAAUAUAUUGAAGAAUUAGUUUAUUUAUUAGGAAAAAUCGGUGAGAAUAAAAAAGCCCUCGAACUAAUAGUACAACGAUUAGAUGAUCCCAUAAUGGCGAUUGAGUUCGCCAAACAUCAGAAUGAUCGAGAAGCUUGGGGGAUCUUGUUGGAUUAUUCAAUUGAGAAACCAAGGUUUAUAAAAGCGUUAAUUGAGAAUUCGGAUGAGAGUUCAAAUAUGUAUUAUGAUCCAAUUACGAUCCUAAAACGAAUGCCUAAGGAUAUGAAAGUUGAUGGAUUGAAUAAGAGUGUGAUUGAAUUUUCUAAGAAUAAUGAUUUGAAUAUGAUACUUAAUCAGAUUAUUUUGAAGAUUAUCUAUAUGAAAUCGGAAGAGACAUCUAAAUCUUAUAAAUUACAGAAAUUAAAGGGGGUUGAGGUUGAGAUGGAUAGAUUGGAAUUACAGGAAUUGAUUCAGCUGUUUGAAACUAUAGUUGUGUUACAGGAGAAAGAGAAUGAUGUUAAAUUGAUUCAAGAGUGUGAAAUAACUACUGAUUGUGAUAAUAGUUCAUUUAUUAAUUUGAGAAAGAAAUUGAAUCAUUUGAAAGAUUUAAAGAGGAAGUUAUUACCUUAG